CAGGUGUGAAUGAGGAACCGCCAGCCAUCUUUUUGGCAAAGCACCAUACCCUAAAAACAACUCGGUUAUCUUCGAACUCUGGCUGCCCGCUGCCGAGAAGUAUAACGGUAGAUUCCUAGUCGUAGGAAAUGGUGGCAUGGCGGGUGUCAUCGCCGAGAGCGAUAUGAUAGGCAACCUUAACGAAGGAUACGCAGUUGCAGGCGGCAAUUCAGGUCACUUGGCUUCCGAAAAUAACGGCGGGAAUGGAGCACCUGGUGUGUAUCUGCCAUAUUUGCACGACAAGGGGCAGGUCCGAGCAUGGAUACACAACUCGAUUGCACAGUUUACCCCGGCUGCGAGAACUAUAACGACUGCGUUCUACCGCAAAGCUCCGAAGUAUAGCUAUUACGAAGGCUGCUCUACUGGUGGUGCUCAAGGUUUUGCUCUGGCACAAUUCCACCCGGACUUGUUUGACGGUAUUGUAGCGGGAUGUCCAGGGAAUUGGUAUUCCCACCUGGCCUUGUCUUUCCUAUGGAAUGCCCAGGCGACUCAGGGCUCGAAAUCAUUGCCGCAAACUGCCCUUGAUCUCGUAACGCGGGCUGUUAUAGCGAAAUGCGAUGCCCUUGACGGCGUCGAGAACGGAGUCCUUGAAAAUCCCCUGGUGUGUGACUUCGACGUCUCGACACUGGAAUGCAAAUCCUCAGAAACAAACUCGACUGCCUGUUUGACCCCGGCACAGAUAUCAGCAGUGCAGAAGAUCUACACAGGCCCUAUUGACUCUCGAACCAACACCUCUUUGUAUCCAGGAUUCUCAUUUGGAAGCGAAAUAGAAUGGGUGGGGCAGGAAGGGAUCCUUGCAGAGGCAUUCUCAAUCCCGAUUUUACAGAAUAUGGUUUUCGGCGACUUAUCAUAUGACGCCUCAGCUUUCAACUGGGCGGCGGACGUAGAUGCGGUAGACGAAAGAGUAGGUACAUUUAUCGACGAGAUUAGCCCGGAUCUAUCGAAAUUUAAGGCAGUCGGCUCUAAGAUGAUUGUGUAUCAGGGUUGGACUGAUCCGCUCAAUGCAGCCAUGUGGCCGAUUCAGCAUCUCCACCAGAUCGAAGACUUCUUUGGCGGUGAUGUGAGCGAUUGGUUUCGGGUGUUCAUGGUACCCGGUGGCGGACAUUGUACUUCGGCUCCAAAUUAUCCACAGGUCCCAGGGACUUGGCAUGCACUUGAAGCUAUCGUGGAAUGGGUUGAGACAGGAAAGCCGCCAUCUGAAAUGUUGGGGACCGACCCUCAGGAUGAGAACUUGAAGGGGAAGACGAGUAAGCUCUGUCCUUGGCCUCAGAUUGCUCAUUUUCAAGGUGGCGAUUCAAAUGAUUGGAAUUCAUAUGAGUGCAAAGAGUGAAUAAUCAACAAACCUACAGUUAGCCAAGGUUGUAUACAUCAAUAUCUUACUUCCGCUUCAUAUAUCAAUCGCGGGGCUUAAUCUACC